GCGACAGUCUCAGUGUUAACAUUUGAGAGGUCGAGUUCUAUCUAAAAUAAAAUGCUACCCUUAAUCGUUCUAAGCAUUUUUUCUUUUGCCAAUGCCGGGUAUCCAGUGCCCAGCAAUUAUUUGCAACAUGGUAGUUAUUAUUUACAACACGGUGGAGCGUAUGUGCCCUAUCAAGAUCAGCAUGUACCAGUUAUCGUCAAUGGAGUCCCAGUUGAGACCCCUGAGGUACAACAGGCUAAAGUUGAGCACUUUGCAGCUGUAGCCAAGGCCAAAGCUAUUGCAGCUCAGAAUUUGAAAACUCAAGUCAUAUAUGCUGGCAACCACAAUACUGGACAUUAUGAUAACACCCAAUACCAUGGAAAUACUGAUCAUACCGGUCAUUCCUCUGAAUAUGCUGGUCAUUCCUACGUCAAUGUUAACGGCAAAAGCCACGGCUGGAGAUACAAGAGGAGCAUUGACUUGGGAUGGAACCAAAUCCAACACAUCCCACAUAUCACGAAAGAAGGAGUACCAUUGGAAACCCCAGAGGUACAACUUGCCAAAGCUCAACACCAACAAGCAGUGCACUUGGCCCACUUAGAACACCAAAAAUGGCAACCAGAAAAUGGAUGGACUCAACCUCAAGUCAACUCAUGGGCUCCACAAUCAUCAGGUUGGAGAAAACCCACUGAAACCAGCUACAAAAUCAACCAUGGAAGUUCUUACCACAACCAAUACCAUGGUCCACAACAUUACCCAGUCUUGGACAAACACGGCGUCCCACUAGAAACCCCUGAAGUCAAUUUGGCCAAACUUCAACACUACGCAGCAGUCCAACAAGCCAACAGCAAGCAAGCUCUAAAUCCAUGGCAAGAGGAGCAAAACGGUUGGGCCAACAACGCCUGGACUGCCCCUCAAUCCGAUGGUUGGACCAACGCAUAUUUGCCAACAUACAACCAACACAUCCCCAAAAUUUUGCCCAACGGAGUACCAGAAGAUACCUACGAAGUUCAAGCUGCUAGAGCCCAACAUUUGUUGGCUCAUGCUCAAGAAAAAUCCAAACACGCUGGUUGGGAACAACCUCAAUGGUGAUUUAAGUCUUAUGUGAUGGAAAAAUGCUCUAUUUUUGCAAAUAAAAUUAUUUAAAAACCGUUAAAAUGUACUUUAAUUAGAAACAUACAAUCCUG